CCUCGUAUAUUUGGUGUUGCUGCGAUCUCUAGGGUUUUCUCAAAGCCUCUUGCUUCCGCAGCUCUCUCCAAUUUUCCCUUUCGCUGAGACACAGAACAAGAUCAUGGGGCACUCCAACGUGUGGAAUUCUCACCCCAAGAACUACGGCCCUGGCUCCCGCGCCUGUCGGGUUUGCGGGAAUCCCCAUGGGUUGAUCAGGAAGUACGGCCUCAUGUGCUGUAGGCAAUGCUUCCGUAGCAACGCCAAGGAAAUUGGCUUCAUUAAGUACCGCUGAAGGGUUUUCGUCCGUCUGUUCCACAAGAGCAAAGGCUUUGGCUGAAGCAUGAUAUGAUUUAUGGUUUUUAAAUUCGAAGAACCUCUUGAUUUUCAGUUUUAGUUCUAUGUUAUGUUUAAACCUGAGUUCAAUCCCGUAUGAAUUUUUUUGCUUCAAAUGUUUGAAGAUCAUUUACUAAUUAUCAUUUUCUGUUUGCUGCCAUUGUGUUACGUUCUCUCGUCUGUUAAAUUUUUCUAAUGAGUAAUGGAAUACUACUAAUUGAGUAUAA